UGGAGGUGGCAAAUAUUGGCCCAGGCGGUUCCAAUGAGGUGAAUCCUGCUAAUUAGGGCUAAUUAAUGGCCCCACGUGCGGCGUGCUCAGAGCUGGCUGCUGCCAGCCCCGUGGGCUGUCCCCAAACCCCGGUGGCAUCUGUCCCCUGGGGUGAGCAGCGGUGCCACCGAGGAUCGCAGGGUGUCACCGAGGAUAGCACAGUGGCACCAAGGAUGUCACACAGCCUCUCUGUCCCAUCGUGGUCCUCUUGUCCCACCAGAGUCCUCUUGUUCCACCAUGGUCCCUUGUCCCACUGCAGUCCCCUGUCCCAUCAUUGUCCCAUCAUCCCAUUACUGUCCCUCUAUCCCAUCAUGGUCUCCUUGUCCCACCAUUGUCCCUCUGUCCCACCAGAGCCCCCUGUCCCAUCAUUCUCCCUCCAUCCCACCACAUUCCCUUGUCCUACCAGGUCCCUCCAUCCCACUGUGGUCCCCUUGUCCCACCACAGUCCCCUUGUCCCAUCAUUGUCCCAUCCUUGUCCCUUGUCCUGUUGUGGUCCCAUUAUUGCCCCAUCAUCAUCCCUUGUCCCAUCACGGUCCCAUCAUCAUCAUCAUCCCUUGUCCCAUCCUUGUCCCUUGUCCUGUCGUGGUCCCAUAGUUGUCCCUUGUCCCAUCACGGUCCCAUCGUUGUCCCUUGUCCCAUUGUUGUCUCAUCAUUGUCCCAUCAUGGUCCCUUGUCCCGUGGUUGUCCCUUGUCCCAUCAUGGUCCCAUUGUUGUCCCUUGUCCCAUCGUGGUCAUGUAGUGGUCCCAUCACUGUCUCCUGUCCCAUCGUGGUCCCAUGGUUGUCCCUUGUACCAUCAUGGUCCCAUCAUCAUCCCUUGUCCCAUCAUUGUCCCAUCGUGGUCCCUUGUCCCGUGGUUGUCCCUUGUCCCAUCAUGGUCCCAUUGUUGUCCCUUGUCCCAUCGUGGUCCCGUAGUGGUCCCAUCACUGUCCCCUGUCCCAUUGUUGUCCCAUCAUUGUCCCGUCCCAUGGUUGUCCCAUCCUUGUCCCAUCGUGGUCCCAUCAUUGUCCCAUUGUUGUGCCAUCCUUGUCCCACGGCUGUCCCUUGUCCCCUGGCGGUCCCGGCUGGCAGAGCCCGCGCUGAGCCCUUAAUAAGCCGUGAUUCACACCCUGUGCUUAAUUAGCAAUUCAGUUAACGGUUUGUAAUUCAGGCACGACCCUGAUUGCAUCCGAACGCUGCUUUAUUUCUUCUCUGCCGCUCGCAUUCUGAGCACUAAUUACGCCUCUUUGGAUGCUAAUUGCUUCCCAGCCCUCUGCCGCUGUCUUUCCUGAGCAACAUUUAUUUUUCAUGCGUCCGUGUGUUUAAACUAAGAAAAGCCGGGAGGGAGGUGGGAGGAGGGAAUCGCUUCGGUCCAAGGAUUCUCCGGGAUCAAACGUGCCAGGAAAGCACUUUCUGCACCUGGCACGGCACGGGCGGAUCAGGGCAGCCCAUGCCAGGCCUGGAGGAGCCCAAACCCGCUGGAAUUUGCAUUUUUCCUGGUGUUCCAUGAAUAAUUAACGGCGAGAAUCCACAGGAGGGUCCCGCAGCACCGGGAAAACAUUCCAUGAAUAUUUAUCUGCCGGGAAGAUGCGGCCAGAGAUGGCUUUGAGUGACAGCUGUCAAUCACCCAGCCCUGGGCAUCCCUGCGGGGAGGACGCGCCGGGCACGGGGGUUUGGGGAUGCAGAAGGUGGCACCAACCAAAUCCCAGGAUUUGGGAGCUCCGGGAGAGGCCGGGCACAGCCCGGAGAGGGUUAAAUCCCGGGAUGGGGGUGGGAGAUGGGAACAGCAUCCAUUAAUUAGCGCCUGCAUUGCGGGCCAUUAAUGCAGAGCGUUAUUAAACCGACAAAAUCCCCUCAUUCCCAGCUUUUCCAGGAGCGAGCCCGGGCUCAUCCCGCCGUGUUUGGGCUGUGGAAGAGCCGCGAGCGCACCUGGAGCCUCCCGCUGCUCUCCAUUGACGCCAUCGAGUUUAUUUAUUCCGAACAUUUGGCAUUUUUGGGAGGCGAGGGAUGCGAAAAUCCCAUUUGCAUCGGAUUCUUGCGGAACGGCCCCGCCACCCCGGCAGGCGCCGGCCAAUUAAAAAUCCAUCAGGAAAACAAAUUCCUGGAUCUCUCCCGCUCCGUGUUUAAAGUUAAUGACGGAGCAGGAGAGGGGAACCGGGAGCGGCGCUCGGAAAGGAGGAGGGAGCGAUUCAUAAAUAGGAAAAGAUGAAGGGAAACAAUCGGGAGGGGGCUGAGUGUGAGGGAGCUGCUCCAGAACAUUCCAUCAUUUCCACGUUCGGGAGUUAUGGAGUGGUUUGGGUGGGAAGGGACAUAAAGCUCAUCCCUGCUUUAUUGGGGGGCACUUCCCACUAUCCCAAACUGGCCUCGGAUCAUUCCAGGGAUGGAACCAUCCCAAACCGAUCAUUCCAGCGGUGGAACCAUCCCAAACUGAUCAUUCCAGCGGUGGAAUCAUCCCAAACUGAUCAUUCCAGGGAUGGAACCAUCCCAAACUGAUCAUUCCAGGGAUGGAACCAUCCCAAACCGAUCAUUCCAGGGAUGGAACCAUCCCAAACUGAUCAUUCCAGCGAUGGAACCAUCCCAAACUGAUCAUUCCAGGGAUGGAACCAUCCCAAACUGAUCAUUCCAGGGAUGGAACCAUCCCAAACUGAUCAUUCCAGGGAUGGAAUCAUCCCAAACUGAUCACUCCAGUGAUGGAACCAUCCCAAACUGAUCAUUCCAGGGAUGGAGCAGCCACAGCU